AUGCCCAGCUACAUCCUCACUGAGCCCUCCCCCUCCACAAACGUCUUCGUACGUUCCGGCCGCGGCGGUUACGGCAACAUCUCCCGCGCGUCAAAAGACACAACAUCAUCCUCAACCCGCACCGUCGUGACCCCCAGCACAACCACAACCACAACUACUACCCCGUCACGCCGCUUCUUCAGCGGCAUUGGUGGAGCGGGCAACGUCCACCGCGCAAGCGAGCAACCCUCUGUGUCUCUUGACGACGAGUACGACCGCAUUGCUGCUCGUGACCAAAUGGCAGCUGGACAUGUCGGCAUUGGCGGCGCGGGCAAUGUGUUUCAUCGCAAGGAUAGCGAUGCCGGCUCUGAUGCUAGUGACAGUAGCUCUAUGAGCUCUAAGACCAAGCUUUGGGCUCGUGUUAGCAGCACUUUCAGCCGAGACUGA